CGUUCUCACUUUCUCAGCCUACCAGGGUUUUGGGCGACAACCUGCUCUUGUACCUCUCUCUCCGCCGCUUCGCCGCCGCCGCCGGCUAUCAGUGCCCUAUCUCCCCGUCGGCGGGGUUAGGUUCAUCAUACCUUCCCCUUCUCCUAAGCACGCCGUCACGCGCAGAGAGGCACGAAGCGCCGGUCGUCGAGCAACAAGGGCAAGGCGUCGGCUGUUGGCGCAGGCACGCAGCCAACGGAGGGGGCACUGCCACGGGGCGGCGUGCAUUCCGCUCACCCGUGAAGCCACGUCGUGGUCACUUUCCCCCAGCCAGAGCUUCCCCCCUCUCCAUGGCCUUUUCUGCCGAAGCCCAACGUGGAUCUGCAGGAAGGAGGUGGGCGUACCUGAGGGCAGAGCUCGAGGCGCUCAGGGAUGCCCCGUCGAAGGAGGCUCAGUCGCUGUUGUGGGCCGACGUCCGCGCUGCCCUCGCGGCCUCCGGGUUCUCCGGUGAGUACGACGGGCUGCUCGUCGCCGAGGAGGACGUGAGGAGCAGGAAGGGUAAUAGGGGGAUGAAGGCUAUGGGCGUGAGGAAGUGGCCCGAAGAGGCGGCGGCGGCACGGUUCUUGGGGGUUGCAGAGAUUGGUGCCCACAGAAAUGGGGAUCUGGCAGUUUGUCACGAACAUCGCUCUGAAUCUGCUCAUGACCCUGCUGGGGCAUGCGGAGUGGCUGAAGAGUCAUUUCAUCAAGGUGAAGAUGUGGAAUAUGAAGAUGACAGUGACGAUGAGUAUGAGGGAAUUCUGAAGCCUGCAUUUGCUGUGGAUGGAGAUCCAGAUUUCGAGUCUGGCGAGCCACUUGAUGGCUUUGAGUACCUUCGGCGUGUCAGGUGGGAAGCUAACCAAAUUCCUAGAGUGAAGGUGGCCAAGAUAUAUUCAAGUGCAGCUAGAAAUGUACAAACUCCUUAUAUGCCAGAUAUUCCGGACAUACCAAAGUGCUUACCUGAUUUGCGUGCGUCAAAACAAUGGGAGGACACAUUUAUCACCCACUUCGCAGAAACCAGGAUGGUGCUCUCGGAGCUUGACAGUUCUGAUGAACCAUCUGUAUCUAAUGCAACAAAAAUCUCAACAAAACCUGGCAGCAGAUCGGAGCCACAAACUGAACCGACACUUACAAUGAUGCACAACAUGGAUGCAGUUUCAAGAGCUGCGACACUUAGGAACUACAUUGAUAUGAUUCAAAGCUUGGAUACACUAUCAAGGAAUAACUGCCUGUGGCUCUUUGCACUCUGUGUUGCCAUUCACACUCCCUUGGACGCGGAGACGUGUGCCUCACUGAGGUCCUUGCUGCGCAAGUGCGCCAGCAUCCUUGCCACCAAGACUGAGAUGGACGAUGAAGUCGUAAUGCUGAAUAUACUGAUGACGAUUUCAGGAAGGUAUUUUGGACAGGGUGAAAACAACAAUUAAAUAGGGAGAUCAGGAUAAAACCAUUGCAGAGCUGCAUUCUCACUGAUAGUUUGAUGUCAUGAUAUAUUAUAUAUAUGUGACAGCUGUGUUUCAUUUUCUUUUA